AUGGCUGUGCCGUGUCUGGACUCGCAGCUGCUCACGCUUGUCCACUACAGCCACAAGUUCCAGCACGCUGAGGGGAUGAGCCUGCACUGCUUCCGGGGACCGAGGGUCACUGUGGAGGGGCCGCUCCUGGAGCUCCAGGGCAGUCCUGAGAGGUAUGGCCGUGCAGCCCUCCUGCCCUGGGCUCCACUGGCCAAGGCUGCCGCUGGGCCAGGGGACAGGACUCCGCAGCGCUCCUUCUCACCCGCCAGCACCAAGCCCGACCCUUCCCGUCCCACCCCUCCGCCGCUGCGGCCCUCGACCCCUUACUCUUCAUCCUCGGACCGCUUCCGGCGCGCUCUGAUGACGCCUGCGUCAGGCGCCGCUCAGCGGUACCUUCCGGCUCCUUCAGCAGCGCUCGGCCCCCGCAGCCUCUCUCGUCACAGCCGCGGGUGGACAGGUUCCGGGCACCCGAGCUCGCGCGCCACGCUAAGUCGACAGGCUGCCCGCUCGGACGCAGAGCGGGGGUCGCAGGCGCGCGGAACGCGAGGACGGCGCCGCCGUGACGUCACCGACGCGCGCCGACCUAGAGUGGCGCCGGCGCGCGGGAGCGGCCUCGGCGGCUGGCGCAGCUCACACCCGACUGACUGCACCAACAAGUUGAAACUUGUCACACACACCGUUACUAAGGUUCGACGCGCCGCUUCCUGUGUUGAAGAUCUCUGCCUUUCCGUUGGAUGGCACUCAGCAGCAGCAGUCACAGUGUGUUUUGAUUACAUCUUGUAUAUAAAGGCUGUGACCCAGCAUUUUUACAUCGUACCCUAAAGACCGUGCAAAAUGAAGACCUGGAGGCCGAGUUUGAACAGAAAAGCACAUAGAAG